AUGGCUGCUCCCGAUAAUGAGCCUACUGUUUAUGAUUUUGAUCUGAUGAUGGCGAAGAAGAAGGAAGAAAGAAGGAGGAGGAAAAGAAAAAUAGAUGACGUUGACCUCAUUAAUCACAACGACGAUGCCAUCGCAGAAAUGAUAAAGGUCAUGAAUACAGCUGCUGAGCAAGAUAGGCAAUUGAAUAGCCAAAACAAACCGGCCAUUCAAGUUAUGCGACAACUACCAUACGUCAAGGCAAAACUCGGUAAACUGGAAAUCGUAGAAUCGCUAUCAGAUCCCGGAAUUCUAAGUUCUGUAGCAAUCUGGCUGGCACCUUUGCCCAAUCUUUGCUUGCCUCAUCUGGAAAUUAGGGAGGCACUCCUGAAACAGCUACUUGAAUAUCCGCCAAUAAGUAGCGAGGCAUUGAAGGCAAGUGGUCUCGGAAAAGCAGUGGCCUACCUUUCCAAACACCCAAAGGAAACCGCCAUUAACAAAGGUAGAUGUCAGCAAUUAAUAACAAGGUGGGCCAAACGAUUAUUUUGUCAAGAUGCUUCUUUCAAAGAUUUCACAAGAGAAGAGCGACAGCAGAGAGAUUUAAAAUGCUGUCCUAAAAAACGAAAACUCACCUCAAAAACUGAGCAGGAAGAAAAAAAUUCCUCCGGUGAACUCGUCGGAUUUACCGGAGCCUUAACCGUGAAGAAGAAAGACGAACAACGUUUAUUGCGGGAAGAUACGAAUCCGGCUGAUAGAGCUAGAGUACCGGAACCAUCCCUCACGGAAUAUAUCAUUCGACCAAAAUGGAAGAUUGAAGGUGGGCUAGCGGAGGGUGGGUCAAGAAAAAAAAAACUAACCAGGCUGGAUGAACUGAAUAGAAAAGUAAAAGCGAUGAAAAGAGCCAGCAUUUCAAAGCCAGGGGUUUCCGUCAGCCUCCAGGGAAACAACAUGAACCUAUAA